ACGAAACGGCAAAAAAGCGCUCUCCGCUCUCUCUUUCUUUCUCUCUCUCUCUCUCUCUUCUCACCGAAACAAUCACCGCUUGAUGGCUUCGAGAAACAUUCAUCUCUCAUGAUCUGCUUUGAGGAUGUCCCAAGCUGAUGUCUCUUACAGCUGUGGUGCUUGUGGGUACCCCCUGAACUUGACAUCUUCCAACCGAGUAACUUCUGGAAUAGGUUCUGAGUAUCACAAACCCAUCAAGAAAGGUUACAUCUCAUUUCUUACCAUUGAUCUUAGUCGAUUCACGCAGGUUGACAAGGUAAACUGCAUUCCUGUUUCUUGGGGUCGUUAUCAUUCGAAGACAAAGCUUCUUUGCCGGAAAUGUGGAGUUCAUAUAGGCUAUGGAUACGGAGACUCAUCCUCUCUCUGUGGUUUUGACUCACCUUCAUCUUCGAGUUCUUGCAGAAAGUUCAUGAUAAAGAUCCGUGCUUUACAACCUUCAGAAGACCGUUAACAAAUCUUGAAUGGGGCGCGGUUCUAGAGUCACUCCUACUUCCAUUGUGCAUCUUCCUGAUGAGUGCCUGUUUCUUAUUUUUCAACGGCUCGACAAUAGUUCUGAUCGCAACUCUUUUGGGUUGACUUGCCACCGCUGGCUUCAAGUUCAAAAUUCAUGUCGUAAAUCCUUGCAGGUCUAUGGAUCCCACCAAUCUCAGGCUACCUCCAUCUUCAACUCUGUCAAUCUUUACAAGUUGCUGCAGCGGUUUCGUGAGCUAGAGUCUCUGUCCCUGACAGGGUGUAUGGAACUACCUGAUUCAAUCUUAGCUGAAGUGCAAUCCUACGGGACAAAGCUUCGAACAUUGCGCUUGGAUGGUUGCUCUGACACAUCUGAUUAUGGGUUUUCCUUGGCUGUUUCCAGCUGCUCCUUCUUGACCCUCAUUAGCCUCGACAGAUGCAAGAUAAGUGAUGAUGGGCUACAUACAGUGGCUAGAUCUUGCAAGAUGCUGAAAGAUGUCAGCAUCUCCUUUUGCCGGCGUAUAUCCGACUCUGGAAUAAAAUCUCUGAUGACAUAUUGUCAUCAGCUGCGGUCAGUCAGGGCUUCUCAUUGCUCGAGUGUAAGCGGUAUUGGUUUUGAAGGGUGCCCUCAGUCUUUAACUCAUUUAGACGUCGGCUCGUGCAGACUUGAACCAGAGGGGAUACAGGGGAUUUUGAGCGGAGGUGGGCUCGAGUACUUGAACGUGUCUGGUCGAACUCAAGUCGUCCAUGGUGAUGACUUGGCAUUCAUCGGGGCCGGACUUGGCUCAAGGCUUAGGACCCUCAACUUCCGAUUGUGCAGAACUGUUGGCGACCUGACUAUCAUGGUGAUAGCAAGAGGGUGCCCUCUACUCCAGGAGUGGAACCUGGUAGGAUGUGAUCAGAUCAAGUUUUCAGGGUGGGAUUCAAUUGGAUCAAACUGCAAAAACUUGGAGAGGCUUCAUGUCAACAGAUGCCGGAACCUAUGCGAACCAGGGCUUCGCGCGAUAAGGGAUGGCUGCCCCCGUCUAUCCGUCUUGCACAUCAAUCGCUGCCCUCGAAUCCCUAACGCAGCACUGGAGCUGUUCAGGAAUCACAGAGAAGGGAGGGUGGAGAUUGAUCCAAGAGAAGUCUUGUGCAUUGCACCAACAUGCAUUUCACCCAACUGUAGAGAGCACCAAAGACGACAUUGAUACAUCAUAUGAAAGAAACUCAAAUCGAUGCCAAGUUAGUGUUCGUGUCUAUGUGCAGCACCCAGCUUUCAGCUUUCUGGAGAGUACAACAUAUACAUUACCAUCCAUUCAAGGCAUGAGGAGGCGGCAUGACUGGUUUUCUACAAAGUGGUAAUUGUGCUCGUUUCUGGUUUCUGAGGAAGACUAUGCUAUGCUACUAUGCUUCAAACAAACAUCCCAAAUCCAACCAUGCAAGUAUGCUUCAGUUAAAUAUCCUUAAUUUUCUGCUAUAUAAAUAUAUUUAUCGAUAAAACAAAAAAAAAAAAAAACCUAUUUAAGGAGGGAAGGAACCUUAUUCAGUACUUAAAUUGCAUACAGUUCAGUUAAUUUACAGUAGAGGCCUAUAUAUCAAGCAACGCAGCUCUUGCAGCAGGUAAGUGCAUGAAUAUGAUUGGAGAAUUGGAUGGUUUGUGCACGAAGCUUUGUAAAUAAGUAAACUGCUGUUUGCUGUUUGGAAGGAAUGGAUGUGAUAAAUAUUAAGGGCGUAUA